AAGGCAGAGAGACGUACAAAGUGAAACUCUGGACCGCUUCUUUAUCCCUUACAAAGUGGUUUAAAAGGAUCUGCAUAGCAUAAUUUCAGCAGCACUGUUUUUCACUGCUUCUGAAGAUUUCUUUUUUAAGAGUCUCCUUUCAUGUGUUUCUUGCGUUAAUUCUUAAUGCAGUUUUUUUUUUUUUUUUAUUUGUUUUCUUGAAUUGUUCUUGUAUUAGCUUUUGCCCCGGGGAUGAAUAGUUUUAAGAUGGCUGGAAUGGUCACCAAAGGCAGAAGAGGCGUGUUAAAAGUGUUUGUGGCUUUAUUUUCUGUUUCUUUGGUUUAUUCUUACAACAUCGAUUUGGACCAUCCCGUGGUUUAUCAGGGACCCAAAGGGACAUUCUUUGGAUAUUCUGUCCUGGAGCACUACCAUGACAAUACAAGAUGGGUCAUAGUAGGAGCCCCCAAAGCAAACUCCACCUUCAGUGUCUCAGUAAGUUCGCCAGGAGCCAUCUUCAAAUGCAGAGUGCACAGCAACCCCGAGAAGAGGUGCACAGAGAUGGACAUGGGCAGAGGUAAUGAGCGGAGCUCGUCGUGUGGUAAAACCUGCAGGGGGGACAGGGAGAACGAGUGGAUGGGAGUGAGCCUCGCUCGACAGGACAGAGCCAAUGGAAGCGUGCUGGCCUGUGCUCACCGCUGGAAGAACGUCUUCUACGGGUCUGAACACAUCCUGCCGCAUGGCUUCUGCUCCAUCAUCCCACCCAACCUGCAGCGCAACGGACGAGACCUCAUUCCCUGCUACGAAGAGUAUAAGAAGAAAUAUGGAGAAGAACAUGGCUCGUGCCAGGCUGGAAUUGCAGGCUUCUUUACUGAGGAGCUGGUUGUGAUGGGAGCCCCCGGGUCAUACUACUGGACAGGCACAGUCAAAGUGUUAAACCUGACUGACAACACCUCCUACAAGCUGCGGGACGGGUCCAUCGGAGCAAGCAGAUACAGCUAUCUAGGAUAUGCUGUGACGGCCGGUCACUUCUCCCAGCCCACUGCCACUGAUGUUGUUGGAGGUGCUCCACAGGAUGGGGGAGUAGGAAAGGUUUACAUUUUUAAAACAGAGAGGGGAUCCCUUGUGAAGAUUUUUCAAGCCUCAGGGAAAAAGAUGGGCUCUUACUUUGGCUCCUCCUUAUGUGCAGUUGAUCUGAACCAGGACGGCCUGUCAGAUCUGCUGGUCGGGGCCCCUAUGUUCAGCGAGAUCAGAGACGAGGGCCACGUAGCUGUCUUCAUCAACAAGGGAAACGGGGUCCUGGAGGAAAGGGUGCUCCUGAACGGGGACAACGCCUACAACGCCCACUUUGGGGAAAGCAUCGCCAUGCUGGGAGACCUCGACGAUGACGGCUUCCCAGACGUUGCCAUUGGAGCCCCCAAAGAGGAGGAUUUUGCAGGAGCUGUGUAUAUCUACCACGGGGAUGCCCACGGGAUUGUAGCAACAUAUUCCAUGAGGCUGUCGGGACAAAACAUCAACCCAGCACUGCGGAUGUUCGGUCAGUCUAUAUCGGGGAACGUGGACAUGGAUGGAAAUGGAUAUCCAGAUGUCACCAUUGGAGCCUUUAUGUCAGAUAAUGUGGUGAUGCUGAGGGCCCGGCCUGUCAUCACGGUUGAGAUCUUGAUAUUCCUUCCCGUCUCCAUCAACAUCACUGCUCCUCAGUGUCACGAUGGCUCCCAGCACCUCAACUGCCUCAACGUCUCAGCCUGCCUGCGCUUCCGAGGAAAAAAAGUGCCCGGACAGAUAGGGCUGGUUUACAACCUGACAGCAGAUGUGACAAAGAGAGAGAAGGGGCAGCAGUCCCGAGUGGUGUUUGCACUGAACGGGGAGCUGACGAGUCACGUGAAUGAGCAGAUCCAGCUCUCCUACAAUGAGGAGAAGUGCCGGCACUACAUGGCUUACGUCCGGAAAGAGGUGAAGGACGUCUUUUCCCCCAUCAUAUUUGAAGCUGCUUACAGCCUGGGUGAACAUGUGAUUGACAGCAAAGAUGACAAGGAGCUGCCGGCGCUGAAGCCAAUCCUGCGCUGGAAGAAAGGAGGCAAGAUAGCCCAGAGAAACCAGACGGUGUUUGAGAGGAACUGCCUAUCAGACGACUGUGCUGCAGAUCUGAGGCUCCGUGGACGGUUAUUGCUGCCUGGCAUGGACCCCAAGCCUUACCUGGCACUAGGGUCCGUGAAGAACAUCUCUCUCAAUGUAUCCAUCUCCAACGCUGGGGACGAUGCCUAUGACACCAACGUCUACUUCAACUUCUCCAGAGAGCUCUACUUCAUCAAGAUGUGGCAGAAGGAAGAAAAGGGCAUUUCCUGUGAACUCUUGGAGUUGGACUUCCUGAAGUGUAGCGUGGGAUUUCCUUUCAUGAGAGCACAGUCCAAGUACCACCUUGGAGUUAUUUUUGACACCAGUCAUCUAUCCGGAGAUGAGGAGAAUCUGAAAUUCCUUGUCAGCACACAAAGUGCCAACCCAGAACACGAGGACACAUUAUCAGACAACACCCUUCACCUGUCUGUCCCUCUGAUCCAUGAAGUGGACACAACAAUCACAGGGGUGGUUUCCCCUACCUCCUUUGUGUAUGGAGACUCAGUGGAUGCUGCCCGAUUCGUUCAGAUGGACAACAUGCAGUGUUUCUUCCAGCCUCUCAACUACACCUUCCAGGUUAUUAACAAUGGGCCAAGCCGUUUGCCCGGCUCAACAGUACACAUUCUGCUUCCGAAUCGACUCGGAAGCAGCGGAGCAGAGAUGCUGCAUGUUCAAGAGACAGUGGUGGGUCAGGAAAAAGGGAACUGCACAUACCACAGAAACCCUACACCAUGCACAAUUCCCCAGGAUCAGGAGAGCAUCUUCCAUACCAUCUUCGCAUUCUUCACUAAGUCGGGCAGGAAAGUCGUGGACUGCGAGAGGCCAGGCAGGUCCUGUCUAAUCAUCACCUGCCUCCUGUCUUCGUUGGCAAAAGAAGAAUCGAGAAGUAUAGAUGUGAGGAUUUUGCUCAAUACGGAGAUACUAAAGAAGGACACCUCGUCAGUAAUACAGUUUGUGACGAGGGGCAGUGUGAUGGUGGAUACCAAUCUCCGGGCGGUGGAGGUCUCCAAUGGGCUCUCUGAACAUACCACUGUGGUGUUUGAAGCCCUGCACAAUAUGGAGCCUCGUGGCUACGUGGUCGGUUGGAUCAUCGCCAUCAGCCUCUUAGUGGGGAUUCUCAUUUUCCUGCUGCUUGCAGUUCUGCUCUGGAAGAUAGGCUUCUUUCGUCGGAGGUACAAAGAGAUUAUCGAGGCAGAGAAGAACAGGAAGGACAGUGAUGAGAGCUGGGACUGGGUCCAGAAGAGUCAAUGAACGGACACUCGUGUCACGUGACACCUAUAUGUCGUCCUAUUGGUUCUCAAUCAUGAAUCUUCCAUAUGUGGAAGAAAAGAAUCUUCUCCAGAUUUUUCGGAGACUUGAUAAUUAUAAUUUUUUUGUUUUAAAUCUGCGUGGAGUUGACAGUUGGGAACUAUUCCUGCGGCAAUCAUGUGACCCAAUUGGAGGAAUUUGUACUUCCUGUUGGAGUUUAACUUUGAACUCUGAAAAGAGAAGAACUGCUAAGGGGGUGGAUGGUAUGAAGACAUAUGCGGUAAAAACCCUCAGGGUAUUGAACUCUUGUUAGCAAAAGAUUUUUUUAUACAGAUAUGUCUUUUUUUUUACUGAAUGUGUCUGUCAGGAAAAUAUAUCAACAAUGUAUUUUUUUUCUGUUGGACAUAUCUAUAUAUAUAUAUUUCUUUCAAAGCACUGAAGACUGGUUAGAGCCUUGGUAACGUAAAAAAAAAUAUUUACUAUUUUAGACUAGAGAAAUAGAAACGAGAGGACAUGUUUUUAAAACAAAAAUUGAAAUAUCUACUGGUAUCUUGUUGGUAUUUCAACAAAAUAAGCAUAAACAAAAUAAGCAUCAUGUUACAAAAUAUUUGGACAAACUUUAUAAUAAAUACCUCCUCUCUGUCAAGAUUAAGGAUCAAACUUUAAAAUAAGUGGUUAAAACUGUAAGAAACAAUAAGCCAAAAGACAAAAGCUUCGGCUAAGACCUUCGUUGGUGUAAUCACAUAUUACAUGACUUUGGACUGUAUUCUAAUUUUGUUUUAAAGGAACAUUUUGUUAAUGAGUGUUUUUAAAGCCUAUUUUGGUUAAUGAAAUCAAGUUUGCAGUUCACAAAAUCAACUGACUUAGAAGUUUAUUCUCAGCUUUCAAAGAACUGUUUAAACUAAGAGAAUGUUUAUAAACACAUCACUUCAAAAAUGUUUUGUGAAUAGAAACCUUGUUUCUUAUAGUUCAAAAUUAUGGAGUGUUUCAAUUGAUAAAUUAUAUAAAAAGAUAAAAGUGCCUGUUCCUGACUAAUUCAUAAUAGGGUUACAAUGUAGUAUAUUGACCAAAUGUGGGGAAUGUAAUAAGAAUGUAUGUUUACAGCAUUCAAUAAGACUUUAAUGCUAGUUCAUACAGUACAUACUUCCAUCAUUAUAGUAGGCUUAAAGUUUUCUAUAUCGGGAAAACCUCUUAGGAUAUGCAGCCUGUAAAGGUGUUUAGGAUAUAGUAUUGUCAAGUAUUUUGUCCCCCACUCCCUCCAUCUGUUUUCUUUUAGCUCACAGGAAAUAGCUACUGUGCUCUACAGUGACCCCAACUGGGUGAGUUUGAAGCAGACUGGCAACCAGACUCUCUUCUGGUUACAGCUUACCAGUGCCAUCUACUGAUCAAUGACAGUGGUACAUUAGCAGAGGCAAAUCUGAGAUUGAUUGUCCUACCCUAAAGGCAACAGAUGACCCAUUACGACACAAUACAAAUAGGAUAGGGAUGUGUAUAAUUUUAAGCUCACAUCUGGUGGCCUAAUGUUAAGUGACUUGAAUUAGAAAUACACAUACCUUGCUCUUGUGGGUGUUUUUCUCAUUUCCCAGCCUUGUAUAGUAUUGGAAACUUUGAGAAAACUAAUUUUAACCAACUCGCUACUGGAAUUUAAAAGCAGAGAGAUGACAAGUAACAGUUAAAAAUGAAUAACUGUGAGAAAAGGUCUGGUUACAGUGGCUGUGUAUAUGAGCUUUUGGGUACUUGUGCCCACCUUCUUAAAUUGUAAGAAGAAUUGUAUUGAGCAGAAUUUCUGCUGCCCACUCAGGAGAUAAAUGUUGAAGAUUUUUUUUCUGGCAACAACAAUGUGUUGGAAUGUUUAUUAAUGGAGCAUUUUGAUUUGCUUUGUGAGGGCUUGAUGGUUUAUAAUUUAACGUCAGUGUGACAUGUAGGAUUUUUAGAAACAUAGAAUCGGAUAUAUUAUUUUCGGGUAACAUAUUUCCACAGCGGGUUGCAGGUUGGUUUUCAGUGGACCUCCUUCGUCUCCAUUUGGACCUAUUGGACUGAUCUGCAAACUGAAAUCUCACUUAAUUAACCACUAACUGGUGUCUAGACAGACUUCGUAACGUGUAGCAACACAAUCAGUUGAGUUCUUUGUCAAGCACUUUAUCAUUCAACGAACUGGUAUAUGGAAAACAGUCAAGCAGCAGUGAUAGAAAUGAAUCAAAGAGACUGAAGAAGAAUUUUGCUGACACCUGCCUGAACUAAUUGGCAUUUAAUUUGAUUGCAAAUCAACUUGCCAAGUCUUGUGGUCUGAGGGAUUUUCACCAUUGUGUAUGAAAAGCAUUCAGAUAACAGGGAGUUGGAUUUAAAAGUGAUGUUUUUAUGAGCUUGUGUACAGAAUGUGGGGGCAGGGAUAUUUUAUCAUUCAGAAAAAAAGGUGGAUACAUGGUUAAUUGCGAACACUAGUUGAAGGCCUUACAGAUUGAACCAAUUGUAUUAAGAUUUUUUGUGUCACACCAGCUACAGUACUGAUAUAUAUGUUUUUUUUAAAGAUUUUUAAAAGAAAAAUAAAUACCUAUCAUUAGCUACCUUCUCAAGCAUCUCUUUUUGUUUUACUGUAGAUCUGUGUUUUCCAGACUGUAUUUUAACCUCAGAUAAAGACCCAUUUUCCCUGUCUCAAUAAUGUUUGUUUGGAUUUUAUUGCUUUCACCAGUCACUUCUUGUGUGGCACACAGGUUCCUAUUCCCUGUAACACAGGAAAAGGAACUAUAGUAUUGUGGCGAUAAAAAUAAAGCGAAAGUGAAAAUAAAUCCUGGAAAACAAAAUUAACAAUAGCAGCAACAACAAAUCAAAAAGGGGCUUGUGAAAAAGAUGUUCUGCCAAUGUGCUAAGAAAUAGUUUUAAAGCACUGGCUAUGACACAUUAAGGAGUUGAUAGCUGUAUUUCUACAAAAACAGUCUUGAGGUUUAGAUGUGCAGCGUUUUAGUGUGCCAGAGAAGGUUUCUCCUUUUUUUUCCUGAUAGUCAAUGUCAGUUUAUCAAAGAAAUACUGUUCCUGUAUGACAUUCAUCCUUCCGUCUUUAAUAAGAUCUUUGUAAAACUACGGUGCUGUAAGCAAGAUGUAUAUGUUUUCUUGAAAAAUAAAGUAUAUGAAUAGGUAAAGCUAGCUCAUUGGAAAGUAACUAUGCUAAUAAUUUACCACAAAUGUGUUAUGAAGAUAUUUCUGUUUGUGGUGUAGGUCACUUUGUAAAAUUUAAACAGAGAAGAAGAUUAAGUUUUCAUGUUUACAGAAUUUCUCAUGAAUUGUUUUUUUUUUUUUUUUUUUUUUUAAACAAAUUGGUAUACAUAUUUUCUGAUGUUAUCCAGGAGUGGCUUCUCACACUUCCUGCAGUUUUCUUUAUGGAUGAUAAGUAUUUCACAGUGUUGCGUUUUACACAAGGCUUUUCCAGUAUUACUUUAACAGUGAUCUAGUUUCCUAGUAUUUACUGACACCAUCUCCUUUACUAAAAUGCCAAACCCACACAGAGUACAGUGCAUGAAGGGAAAAACAAACAAAACAAAAAAACCUUACAUGAUGUACAAAUAAUAAAAUCCUGUUUGCAUCAUAAUUAUGUUUAUACAGUUGUUUAUAGUUUUAUCAGCCUGCCUUGUUCUGUAUGUUUUCAUUUUAAGGUAUAGAUGGGAUGAGCCUUGAUGGGCCAAAAGGCUUCUUUUCUUUUUUCUAGUAAGUUUUCUUCAUUUUUCUGUAAUCCAAGUUUAAAAUCUGUCGAACAUGUGUUUCGAUCUUUUUGUAUUGAACAAACUUAAAAGGCAAACAAAACCACAAAAUAAAUUAAAAAAAAAAAAAAAACUUGUUAACAGGUUCUAGUCUGAAUGGAUAAAUGAAUCCAGCAUGUAUAGGGUGUCUUUUUUUAUAAAGAGAUGUUUUCUUGUGCAGUUUUGGGUUUUGGGUUAUGGCUUCUAAAACUGUGCAAAGUGAUUUAUGUUAUAAUACCAGACAUCCUAUAAUAACAUCACAAAAACAAAGAUUGUACUUAGGAACUACUGUUAAACAUAUUUUUUUAAAUAUUUUUUUAAAACUUUACCCAUCUACUGUGUUUUGUGGGAUGGGAUGACAUCAGUACACAGGAUAAGAUAAAAUACAGCUCAUUUUUAUCCUUUGACACUUGAAACUGCAAUUCAACGGCAUAUAAUUUAAGCCACAUUCUUCCGAGGGAAGAUAACCCAAAAUAACAUGUACUUGAGGACAGUGAGUUUACUAAUUGUCUAAUACCGUUAUAAAUAUUAUUGUUAAAACUGAUUCCAUUACUUUGUAUGCACAGAGCCUUAUAGACCAGCACCAGAAAAAGCAAAGUUCAUGGAAGGUUCAGGGGGUUUAUUUAAAUAAUCUAAUCAUUGGUAGAUCUAUAGAUGUACCUUUUAAAUCACUAAAUAGGAUCAUCUCUGCCAUUUUACACAUACACUUACAGACUGAGAUGCAUUAAAGGAGACCCACACCCUCUGUUUUAAUAACAUACGUACAUUUUCUUUGUUUUGUUUUUUAACCCUGUUGCUGUUUAGAUCAAUUGAAUAGACUCCCACAUAUUUUAUAAAAAUGUAAAUACAGCAAAAAAAACCUAGGGGGAACACUGCAUACUUGUAUUUUACUAAGCAUUGUUUUGUUUUUUUAAAUAUAUAUUUUAAAGCAUCUGUAUUAUUUUUGGAAACAAUCCAAUGUAGAUACUUGCUGGCAUGGGAUUGCAUUUACAGUUAUUACUAUCUAUCAAUAUGCAUUACAAAAUGCUUUAAUGAAGGCUUUUUUGAAUGAAGGCAGUGGCUUUAAAGAACAUGGUUACAGGGGUCCUAUGGUGAUCCAAUAAACCAGGUUUUUUUUUUUUUUUUUUUUUUUUUAACCAAAAUCACUAAUUCUAAGAAACAUUUAGCUUAUGCAGGAAGAAAUGAGACAGCUUACUUUUGAAGACAUUGGUUUUGUAGUAAGUAUUACAUAAUCAGGUUUUAAAUGCAGGCUUUACCUAUUAUUAGUGGCUUCAUAGCAUAGCUUUGGAGCUUUUAAGUAAUUUGGAACUCUUGUGAGAACUAUUGGUUACGCAUUCCCGAACGCAAGCCAUUUUGUGAGUUCUUGGAGUAUGUCGGGGAAGGGAAGAACAUGUUCAAUUAUUUCAGUCAGUCCACAAUCAGGUCAUCUGAGGUAAAAAGAUCGACUGGUCUGUGCUAAAAGCAAUCCACACUGUCAUUAUAUUGGGACUGUUCUCUUCUUUUUGUAAUUUGUUAGCAUUUUCAUAACAGUGUUACUCAUAAUGCUGUAAGAUAAAGCUUUCAUUAAUGUUCUGUUCAGCUUCUGAAUGUAUUGAAAGUAAAACUUGACCUUUAAGACAUGAAGACACACCACUGAAUGGAAAACGCUGCCAGGAUUUACAGUAUUAUCUUCUAUCACGUGACAUUCACCUGAAUUUGCACGGCAUCAAACACCGCCUCGGAUUUGUAAAAUAAAUAAAUAAAUAAAUAAAACUACUGUUACUAAAUAAUUAUCCUUUUAUAUAAGAGUAUCUAUAUAUGAUGAUGUACAAGCUAAAGUUCAAGCUGUAUUUAUAAUUAUUGAAGUUGUCAUUUUCAAAUAAAGCAAUAGUUUCACACUG